UUAAUCCAUCGACUAGUUGUCGCUAAAGUCAUGGCAACCCUGGUCAUACUCCAAUAAGGAGAUGAUUUCUUUAGAAAAUGAAUUCAGCAAAUUUGAAAACAUCCAGCCACAAACCGUAUUCAGAUUUGAUUUGAGAAGGAGCGUCAGUAGAGUGCCGAGAUAUUUUUUAUUGUAACUCAGCGUCGCAAACGGUCUAUGUCCUUUGAUGAGGCUUUGAUAAAUAAAUCAAAAUCUAGAAGCCAAACACCAAGCAAAAUACACAUGACACCACAGAAAGCCAAGGCAGCCCGUACAAAGUUGCCAAACUUUGCAGCAAUACAUCAAAAACAUUUUGAGAAGAUGGAAAAUCUUGUGGAUCAUGUAAAUCGCAAGGCAGAGCGAGCUAAAAUACUCAUCAACUCUGCUACUAAACAACGCGUUGCGUCUGCACAAAAGGAAGCAAAAACUCAGCAUGGCGUUGGUACUCCAUCCGCCGUAGCAGAAAAACCCAAAGCUGUAAAGCGAAUUGACUUACCGGAUUCGUCCAACUCAACAUUUACCCAAACAAGUAAUACAUCGUUGUAUAAGGCAGUUGAGACAACACGCAAAGAUUUGAAUGAUUCAAAACUUCCUAUUCCACGUGUUGGUGUUUGCAAGCCGAUGCUAGGUAUGCAAACGGCCCAAAAAGAAAAUCGUCAAGUAAAUUUACCAGAUCCACGGUUAGGUAUAAUUAAGCCACAUACAACCACCAAAGCCAGCAGCAAAAAUAAGCAAUUGACGCCGGCAAAGAACGCGUUCAAACCGACACAAACACGUCAAGCACCCAAGCCAGCUUUCAAUCUAUCUACGGCACUAGAAUCACAUUUUAACUAUACAAAGUUGGAUGUCGCAACUGCAUCAUUUGCGAAAACCCAUACCAAGGCCAAAAGCGCACCACCAGCAGCCAUGUCGAUUGAUGAAAAAAUAGCUAAACGGCGCCAACGUCACAUGGAUAUGUUCAAGGCGCGUGGAGCGAAUGCGCGUACUACUCCGGGUACGGCGGAAAAGAACUACGGGCAACUUAUACGCGGCGUACGUUCAAAUCGUAGAUUUGAGCUGCAAAUGGCGCAUCGUAAGAAUAUGGAACAUUAAAUCGUUUACAAAUGCAUUCUAUUUUUAACAUUUACCUCUAGUUGUAUGUUCUUUAGUUUACAGCUUUUCAGGCUUUAUUAACCAAGUUUUGUAUGAGUUUAUUAAUGUUUGACCUGGAUGCGGUCAACAAGAAUCACUUUAAUCUUGAAUA